GUCUCUCUCUCGACCGUCUCUCUGGUCUGUCUCUCUCUCUGGUCUGUCUCUCGCUCCUUCUAACGUAUCUAUCUCACUGGUUCUGUCCCUCCCUCCGUUGUCCCUCGGGUCUGUCUCUCUCUUAUUAUUCUUCUUCUUCUAACUCGUCUCGCUCCCCGUGUCUGCCCACUAAGCUUGUAUCAUCCCUCUUGCCGUCUCCCCUCCAGCUGUCUUCGUCGUCUGCGCCCCCCACCCCACCCUACCCCACCAGCCGGGCCAUAGUAACGUGGAAUUGCCACAAAAGCCUCUUGAGCUGCAUCACGGAGAUGAGCGGCGAGUCUCCACGCGAGAUCUAAACUGGACUUCCACAGCCUCUGUGCGUGCGGGCCUUCUUAUAAUCCCCCCUGAGAGGCUUAAGGGUCUGUGCCACAAUCCUUGUUAACUUGAAACUGCGUGUAAUUGUUUUCUUUUUAGAGCGUGCCUCGUGGGUUUUAUGUGCCACGGGUUGAAGCUGAUGCAUCUUCAUUUUGUUUUCUGAUCUUAUCCAGGGAAUUUGGAACACUUUGCCAUGGGGAGUAAAUGUCUCUCUCUUCCGGAGUCUCUACAAUAAUAACCACCGGGAAUCGCAACACUGCACAAUGGGAGUAAAGGGAUUGCAGAGCUUUGUGGAGGGCUGCGUUCCUGGUGCGUGCGAGCCAGUUCGCCUUGCCGACCUCGCCGAGAGCUUCAAGAUAAAGCGUCCGGGAGAAACGCCUUGUCUUGUCGUGGAUGCUCCCUGCUGCAUACGUUUCUGGUACACUCCCCAGCGCUGGGUGCAGGGUGGCCAGUGGAAGGAGUACCUGCAGAGCCUGGAUAACUUCUUACGCCGUCUGGCGGACGUCGGACUGCACCUCGUAUUCUUCUUCGAUGGGUCAACGCAGCAACCCAAGCGGCAGGAGUGGGCUCGCCGCCGGCACCAGAAUAGCCGCGAAAUAUCAAGCAUAUUCAGGCACAUCCAGCAGACAGGGCAGCAGCCCCUGGACAACAUGUCUGUCAUCCCGUCUGGUCUCUGCAGCUUUACGAGGGCUGCCCUCCAGGCCCUGGGAGCUGAGGUUAUCCGCACGACACGGGAGGCUGACUACGAAGUGGCCGAAUUUGCACGAAGUAAAAACUGCAUCGGGAUCUUAGGCCAAGACACGGACUAUCUGGUCUACGAUACGGUACCAUACCUGUCCAUCAACAGUCUAGACCUGGAGACUCUUACUACCGUAAUGUACGUGCGAGGGCGGUUAUGUGAGCACCUCCGCAUUCGCAUCUCUGACUUGCCAGUAUUAGCCUGCCUCAUGGGUAAUGAUGUCGUAGAUCAAAAAAGAGGAGCCUACUUUAGAAGACGCUGUGCAUCUCCGGGUGAGCCUCCUGUGGCGGCUGUGGCUCGAUACCUCCGCAAGGUUCCAGCGUCUCCUGCCUCUCUCGAGCAACUCGAGCGUGAGCUGUUUGGUGACGAGGCUUGUGGGCAACUGCAAGCUGUUGUGGCAGGUUACACCUUGGCAGGACUUAGUUCUCCUUGGCUACCUGCCAAUAUGCAGGCAAGUCUGGGACAUGGCACUGUCUCAUCUAUGGAUGGAGGCUGUAAGGCGUCACUCUGCACCGAUGUGGAGUUCCUGCAGUUGGCCCAACAGCAGGGUCACCAACUUUACAAGUUGCUGGUCUUGGGAGAGUUGGAUGUGAGCAACAGCCUAGAGGAUCCAGCUGCGACAGGCCUUCCCCCGGCUGGACUUCUCUACCGGCCUGUACGCCAGCACAUCUAUGGCCUGCUACUGGGGAUCAAACCUGUGGAUGGAGAAAUUCGUCAUGUGAAGGAAUGGAUAGUGUACCCAGGGAAUGACCUGAGGGAACCUGAGCUCAUAGCCCCUCUGCCUCUGGAUAUGCCAGGGGGGACGCUGGAGGCACGCUCGCUGUGGCAGCCCGCGGCGGAGAAGGAUGCAGAGCGUGUGGCGGAGUGGCGGCUGCGGACCUUCCUGGCAUGCUUCGGCCUAUCGGGACAUCAAUCGGCCAUGGUUGCCCUGCAGUCGGGGCACACUGCUCUCUGCUGCUUGCUGGGUUACAUGGCAACGCAGAUCGAUACGUUCUACCUGGAGGAUGUGAAAGCAUUGCUUGCCCAAGCUCUGCGCCUCAAAGAAAUGGAUGCCCAGCGCCUUGCUCGUUUACCGGAAGUCGUGGUGGAUGCCCGUGCCGUGCACCUGGGCGCCCUGACGGUGCGUGGCCUGCACACGAUGCUCACUGUGAACUCUGCGAGCGGUAAGCCUCUGCCCAAGUCGUGCAUCAUGCCUUGGGAACUGUUUGACGGCCACCUGUUCCAGCACAAGUACCAACAAGCACACCGUGGUGCUCCCUCCCUCGACCUGCUGGACGGACAGGGAGAUCUACACUGUGUGUUUGAAGAUUUGUUGAAGGUUAUAACAUCUAUCUCCUCGCUCAAAUCUGCAGACGGCCGGUUGAAGACUCGUGAGCACAUGAGCCAUGACCGACCGAGAGGAUUGAACACGAGACCUCGUGCCCAGGCUCAUCGGGGCUCGAGAGAACGUGGUGGUUUGAUGGGCAGUGGUGGACAGGAUUUGAGGAGUGGAGCGAGGGGAGGUGAGGGAGAGUGGAGGGGCGGCAGUGGAGAGUGGAGA